AUGGCCGCUAGCGCAUUCUCAGGUGAAGGCCUGCUAUUCAGCACAGAAGCUAUCGCCCAUCGUGUCGAAAACUAUCGUCGCGAUUUCUUACUGAGAAAUAUCGGGGAUUAUCUUCAAGCCAUCUUCAAUGAAAACGUAGAGGCAUGGUGGGAUGACUUCCUGCAGCGUUACAUCCUAUGCUACCCAGGCUCUGUGCUCGACGAGCGGUUGUACGGCACUGCUUUAUAUAGGUGGAGCAUGUAUUCCUUGAAGAAGCAACUUGAAGCAUGGAUGGACUCUCAUGGAAACGGCCUCACCACCGAGGAAGCAUACCAUUAUCUCGACCGGCAUCUAUACGCAACCCUUUUCAUACCUCAAGACUCACCGGACCCGGUCUCAGACAACAAGAACGCAAAUAAGUCCACUCAGUCCACUGAAUCUACCAGUGUUCCAAGUACAGAUGUCGGAAAUGGGUACUGGAGAGGUCUAGUCGCUGAUGGUAUGGAUCAAGAGCGGGUUAGUCUCUUGGCCAAGCUUGAGAAAGAGAAAGAGGAAGCAUGUCAUAUGGCCAUUGAAGCAUGGGCUAGGGAUGUUUAUGUCAAGUCGAAAAGGGAUCGUUCCAUGUAG